UGCGGAGGGCCGAGCCGCGCUGUUAGUCCAGUAGCUUCAGGAGGCGGGGUAGAGGCGGUCGGUGGCUUCUGCUCUCUUGUAGCUACCGCUUUUUUUCCGCCGUUACGAAAUUCUUACCCCACCAGCAUUUGCGGGGAGCGAGAGAGGUUUGGCAAGUGCGUUACUCAGGAGGAGGGCCAUGAGUCACCUUACCAUCCAUACCCUUCGUGAGGUGGUAAAGCACUUUCGGGAGUCUCCCGGCUUUGAUCGGGUGUUAAAUAAGAUGACACUUGUUUCUGCUAGCCCUGGAAAAGUUGUAUGUGAAAUGAAAGUAGAAGAAGAGCACACAAACCGAGGAGGAACUCUGCAUGGAGGGCUGACAGCAACUCUAGUAGAUGUUGUGUCAACUGUGGCUUUGAUGCACACCGAAAGACAAGCACCUGGAGUUAGUGUGGAUAUGAACAUUACCUACAUGUCAGCAGCUAAGAUUGGAGAGGAAAUCCUGAUUACGGCUGAGAUUCUGAAGCAAGGAAGAAGUAUGGCCUUUGCCAGUGUGGAUUUAACCAACAAGGCAACAGGAAAAUUGAUAGCCCAAGGGAGGCAUACCAAACACGUGGGGCACUGAUAACUGAAAAAGAUCACUUCAUUUAAAACAAAGCCAAAAACAUCCUUUGCAAAAUUAGGGUGGAGUGACUUUACAGUAAAACGAAAUUGUGAUGUAACCAAGGAGGAUGAAAUGUUCAUCAGUAUUGUUGGACAAUUUAGUAUACAGAUUGUUAGUGUAAAAUCUGCUUCUGACAGCAGAAAGUAGGAGACAGAUGUAAUACUUUAUCCUCCCUACUAAAAAAUGUGCCAUCAUUGAUACUAGGUUGACAUCUGCAGUGCUAGAAGGGAUGCAUGGAAAAGAUAGGUGGUUUUCUUCUGUCUGUAAGGAAAUUUCCUUUGAGCGCCAUUUGUAGGAGAGACUAUGAUGCUGAUGGCUUCAUACAGUUAGGUUGGAUCCAGAAUACUGUGGGAUACACAUGCAGGAUGAAUGGGAAGGAAAGCUAUUUUCACUGAUGCUUUGCCUCCCCUUGAAAAGCUUCUGCAUGGGGAGGAUUCACCAAACAGCACGAGGCAUGCUGCUGAGGGCUGAGAAACUGUUGAAAAUGCCCACCUUUCUCCCUAUGUAUCCCCUAGCUGAAGGUUUGCAUGAACUCCAGCCUUUCUGUUUGCAGAAAGGCAUCUCUGGAUCCAACUCUGAAUGGUUUCAUGUCUUCCAGUUAACUUUCAUGUUACUUCCUUCAGCAAAACUACUUGGUAAAUGACUGACUUGUGUGUACUUUGAAUCCACAUCAUGUGAAUGGCAGAUUAUUUAAACUACUAGUUUUACCUAUUUCCUUGGAUGUUGUUAAUUAAAAUUCAUACAUGAUUAUCUUUAAAAGGCACUGUUCUUUCCCAAACAAAUUAAAGUACAAAUGUUUCAUUAAAGGAUGUAUGAUGAGAGAACCACUCAAGUAAAAUUUGGUUUUGUAAAGCUUCA